CGCCCCGUGCGCGCUGAAGUGCCUGCGACUUUAAUUAAAGGGCCGUCCCCUUGCCUAGGCUGCAGCACCGCCCCUCGGCUCCUCGCGCCUCAAAAUGAGUAGCUCCCACUCCCGGGCGGGCCAGAGCGCAGCAGGCGCGGCUCCGAGCAGUGGCGCUGACACGCGAGACGCCGAGAUGCCGGCCACAGAGAAGGACCUGGCGGAGGACGCGCCUUGGAAGAAGAUCCAGCAGAACACGUUCACGCGCUGGUGCAAUGAGCACCUCAAGUGCGUGAGCAAACGCAUCGCCAACCUGCAGACGGACCUGAGCGACGGGCUGCGGCUCAUCGCGCUGCUCGAGGUGCUCAGCCAGAAGAAGAUGCACCGCAAGCACAACCAGAGGCCCACGUUCCGCCAGAUGCAGCUCGAAAACGUGUCGGUGGCGCUUGAAUUCCUGGAUCGUGAGAGCAUCAAGCUUGUGUCCAUCGACAGCAAGGCCAUUGUGGACGGGAACCUGAAGCUGAUCUUGGGCCUCAUCUGGACCCUGAUCCUGCACUACUCCAUCUCCAUGCCCAUGUGGGAUGAGGAGGAGGAUGAGGAAGCCAAGAAGCAGACACCCAAGCAGAGGCUCCUGGGCUGGAUCCAGAACAAGCUGCCACAGCUGCCCAUCACCAACUUCAGUCGGGACUGGCAGAGUGGCAGGGCCCUGGGCGCCCUUGUUGAUAGUUGUGCCCCGGGCCUGUGCCCUGACUGGGACUCCUGGGAUGCCAGCAAGCCUGUGAACAAUGCACGGGAAGCCAUGCAGCAGGCCGAUGACUGGCUGGGCAUCCCUCAGGUGAUCACCCCCGAGGAGAUUGUGGACCCCAAUGUGGAUGAGCAUUCUGUCAUGACCUACCUGUCCCAGUUCCCCAAGGCCAAGCUGAAGCCAGGGGCUCCCCUGCGGCCCAAACUGAACCCGAAGAAAGCCCGAGCCUAUGGGCCAGGCAUCGAGCCCACGGGCAAUAUGGUGAAGAAGCGGGCAGAGUUCACCGUGGAGACCAGGAGUGCCGGCCAGGGGGAGGUGCUGGUGUACGUGGAGGACCCAGCCGGACACCAGGAGGAGGCAAAGGUUACCGCCAAUAAUGACAAGAACCGUACCUUCUCUGUCUGGUACGUCCCCGAGGUGACGGGGACUCACAAGGUCACUGUACUCUUUGCUGGCCAGCAUAUCGCCAAGAGCCCCUUUGAGGUGUAUGUGGACAAGUCCCAGGGUGAUGCCAGCAAAGUGACUGCCCAGGGCCCUGGCCUGGAGCCCAGCGGCAACAUCGCCAAUAAGACCACCUACUUUGAAAUCUUCACAGCAGGAGCUGGCACAGGUGAGGUGGAGGUCGUGAUCCAGGACCCUGCAGGACAGAAGGGCACUGUGGAGCCUCAGCUGGAGGCCCGAGGCGACAGCACAUAUCGCUGCAGCUACCAGCCCACCAUGGAGGGUGUCCACACAGUGCAUGUCACGUUUGCUGGUGUGCCCAUCCCUCGCAGCCCCUAUAUUGUCACUGUUGGCCAAGCACCAGCUCCCAGUGACUCAGCCGGCCCUCUGCCCGCAGCCUGUAACCCAGGUGCCUGCCGUGCUGUUGGCCGGGGCCUUCAGCCCAAGGGUGUACGAGUGAAGGAGACUGCCGACUUCAAGGUGUACACCAAGGGCGCAGGCAGCGGGGAGCUGAAGGUCACUGUGAAGGGUCCCAAGGGUGAGGAGCGUGUGAAGCAGAAGGACCUGGGGGAUGGCAUCUAUGGCUUCGAGUAUUAUCCCAUGGUCCCUGGCACAUACACUGUCACCAUCACGUGGGGCGGCCAGAACAUCGGGCGUAGUCCCUUUGAGGUGAAGGUGGGCACCGAGUGUGGCAAUCAGAAGGUUCGGGCCUGGGGCCCUGGGCUGGAGGGCGGCGUUGUUGGCAAGUCAGCAGACUUCGUGGUGGAGGCCAUUGGGGACGAUGUGGGCACCCUGGGCUUCUCGGUGGAGGGCCCGUCACAGGCCAAGAUCGAAUGUGACGACAAGGGUGAUGGUUCCUGUGAUGUGCGCUACUGGCCCCAGGAGGCUGGCGAGUAUGCUGUGCAUGUGCUGUGCAACAGCGAGGACAUCCGCCUCAGCCCCUUCAUGGCUGACAUCCGUGAGGCGCCCCAGGACUUCCACCCAGACAGGGUAAAGGCACGUGGGCCUGGAUUGGAAAAGACUGGUGUGGCUGUCAACAAGCCGGCAGAGUUCACAGUGGAUGCCAAGCACGGCGGGAAGGCCCCUCUCCGGGUCCAAGUCCAGGACAAUGAGGGCUGCCCUGUGGAGGCGUCAGUCAAGGACAACGGCAAUGGCACUUACAGCUGCUCCUACGUGCCCAGGAAGCCUGUGAAGCACACGGCCAUGGUGUCCUGGGGAGGCGUCAGCAUCCCCAACAGCCCCUUCCGGGUGAACGUGGGAGCCGGCAGCCACCCAAACAAGGUCAAGGUGUAUGGCCCAGGAGUGGCCAAGACGGGGCUCAAGGCUCAUGAGCCCACCUACUUCACUGUGGACUGCACGGAGGCCGGCCAGGGUGACGUCAGCAUCGGCAUCAAGUGUGCCCCUGGUGUGGUGGGCCCCGCUGAGGCCGACAUCGACUUUGACAUCAUCCGCAAUGACAAUGACACCUUCACAGUCAAGUACACACCCCGUGGGGCUGGCAGCUACACCAUCAUGGUCCUCUUUGCUGACCAGGCCACACCCACCAGCCCCAUCCGGGUCAAAGUGGAGCCCUCCCAUGAUGCCAGCAAGGUGAAGGCCGAGGGCCCAGGCCUCAGUCGCACAGGUAUCGAGCUUGGCAAACCCACCCACUUCACGGUCAAUGCCAAAGCUGCUGGCAAAGGCAAGCUGGACGUCCAGUUCUCGGGGUUGGCCAAGGGGGACACAGUGCGUGAUGUGGACGUCAUUGACCACCAUGACAACACCUACACAGUCAAGUACACUCCUGUGCAGCAGGGCCCAGUGGGCGUCAACGUCACUUACGGAGGAGAUCCUAUCCCCAAAAGCCCGUUCUCAGUGGGGGUGUCUCCAAGCCUGGACCUCAGCAAGAUCAAGGUGUCCGGCCUGGGAGAGAAGGUGGACGUUGGCAAAGACCAGGAGUUCACUGUCAAGUCCAAGGGCGCUGGUGGCCAAGGCAAAGUGGCGUCCAAGAUUGUGGGCCCCUCAGGCACACCAGUGCCGUGCAAGGUGGAGCCAGGCCUGGGGGCUGACAACAGUGUGGUGCGCUUUGUGCCCCGUGAGGAGGGGCCCUACGAGGUUGAGGUGACCUACGAUGGCAUGCCUGUGCCCGGCAGCCCCUUUCCUCUGGAAGCGGUGCCCCCCACCAAGCCUAGCAAGGUGAAGGCGUUUGGGCCGGGGCUGCAGGGCGGCAGUGCAGGCUCCCCUGCUCGCUUCACCAUCGAUACCAAGGGUGCCGGCACCGGCGGCCUGGGCCUGACGGUGGAGGGCCCCUGCGAGGCCCAGCUUGAGUGCCUGGACAAUGGGGACGGCACAUGCUCCGUGUCUUAUGUGCCUACCGAGCCUGGGGACUACAACAUCAACAUUCUCUUUGCUGACACCCACAUCCCUGGCUCCCCAUUCAAGGCCCACGUGGUUCCCUGCUUUGACGCAUCCAAGGUCAAGUGCUCAGGCCCUGGGCUGGAGCGGGCCACUGCCGGUGAGGCAGGCCAGUUCCACGUGGACUGCUCGAGCGCUGGCAGUGCAGAGCUGACCAUCGAGAUCCGAUCCGAGGCAGGGCUGCCAGCAGAGGUGCACAUCCAGGACCACGGUGAUGGCACGCACACCAUCACCUACAUCCCCCUUUGCCCUGGGGCCUACACUGUCACCAUCAAGUACGGCGGCCAGCCUGUGCCCAACUUCCCCAGCAAGCUGCAGGUGGAGCCUGCGGUGGACACCUCGGGCAUCCAGUGCUAUGGGCCUGGGAUCGAGGGCCAAGGUGUCUUCCGAGAGGCCACCACUGAGUUCAGUGUGGAUGCCCGGGCUCUGACGCAGACUGGAGGGCCGCACGUUAAGGCUCGUGUAGCCAACCCCUCAGGCAACCUGACCGAGACCUACGUGCAGGACUGUGGUGAUGGCACAUAUAAAGUGGAAUACACACCUUAUGAGGAGGGACUCCACUCUGUGGACGUGACCUAUGACGGCAGCCCUGUGCCCAGCAGCCCCUUCCAGGUGCCCGUGACUGAGGGCUGUGACCCCACCCGAGUGCAUGUCCACGGGCCAGGCAUCCAGAGUGGCACCACCAACAAGCCCAACAAGUUCACUGUGGAGACGAGGGGAGCUGGCACGGGGGGCCUGGGCCUGGCCGUAGAGGGCCCCUCCGAGGCUAAAAUGUCUUGCAUGGAUAACAAGGAUGGCAGCUGCUCAGUCGAGUACAUCCCCUAUGAGGCCGGCACCUACAGCCUUAAUGUCACCUACGGCGGCCACCAAGUGCCAGGCAGUCCUUUCAAGGUCCCUGUGCAUGAUGUGACAGACGCAUCCAAGGUCAAGUGCUCUGGGCCUGGCCUGAGCCCAGGCAUGGUCCGUGCCAACCUGCCUCAGUCCUUCCAAGUGGACACGAGCAAGGCCGGUGUGGCCCCACUACAGGUCAAAGUGCAGGGACCCAAAGGCCUGGUGGAGCCGGUGGAUGUGGUGGACAAUGCCGAUGGCACCCAGACUGUCAACUAUGUGCCCAGCCGAGAGGGGCCCUACAGCAUUUCAGUGCUAUAUGGGGAAGAGGAGGUGCCCCGCAGCCCCUUCAAGGUCAAGGUGCUGCCUACGCAUGAUGCCAGCAAGGUGAAGGCCAGUGGCCCCGGGCUCAACACCACGGGCGUGCCCGCCAGCCUGCCUGUGGAGUUCACUAUUGAUGCGAAGGACGCAGGAGAGGGUCUGCUGGCUGUCCAGAUCACGGACCCUGAGGGCAAGCCCAAAAAGACACACAUCCAAGACAACCACGAUGGCACGUACACGGUGGCCUAUGUGCCAGAUGUCACGGGCCGCUACACCAUCCUCAUCAAGUAUGGUGGCGAUGAGAUUCCCUUCUCCCCGUACCGCGUCCGGGCCGUGCCCACUGGGGAUGCCAGCAAGUGCACGGUCACAGUGUCAAUCGGAGGUCACGGGCUAGGUGCUGGCAUCGGCCCCACCAUCCAGAUAGGGGAGGAAACAGUGAUCACCGUGGACACCAAGGCGGCAGGCAAAGGCAAGGUGACCUGCACCGUGUGCACACCCGACGGCUCUGAGGUGGACGUGGAUGUGGUAGAGAACGAGGAUGGCACCUUUGACAUCUUCUACACCGCCCCCCAGCCAGGCAAAUACGUCAUCUGCGUGCGCUUUGGUGGUGAGCACGUGCCCAACAGCCCCUUCCAAGUGACGGCUCUGGCUGGAGACCAGCCCACAGCACAGCCCCCACUGCGGCCUCAGCAACUGGCCCCACCGUACACCUAUGCCCAGGGUGGCCAGCAGACCUGGGCCCCAGAGAGACCCCUGGUUGGCGUCAAUGGGCUGGAUGUCACCAGCCUGAGGCCCUUCGACCUCGUCAUCCCCUUCACCAUCAAGAAGGGUGAGAUCACUGGGGAGGUGCGGAUGCCCUCGGGCAAGGUGGCGCAGCCGGCCAUCACUGACAACAAGGAUGGCACUGUGACUGUGCGCUAUGCACCCAGCGAGGCAGGCCUGCAUGAGAUGGACAUCCGCUAUGACAACAUGCAUAUCCCAGGAAGCCCCCUGCAGUUCUACGUGGAUUACGUCAACUGUGGCCACGUCACCGCCUAUGGGCCUGGCCUCACUCACGGAGUGGUGAACAAGCCUGCCGUCUUCACUGUCAACACCAAGGACGCGGGAGAGGGGGGCUUGUCCCUGGCCAUCGAGGGCCCAUCCAAAGCAGAAAUCAGCUGCACCGACAACCAGGAUGGGACGUGUAGCGUCUCCUACCUGCCCGUGCUGCCUGGCGACUACAGCAUCCUGGUCAAAUACAAUGAGCAGCACAUCCCGGGCAGCCCCUUCACCGCCAGGGUCACAGGUGACGACUCGAUGCGCAUGUCCCACCUGAAGGUGGGCUCUGCCGCUGACAUCCCCAUCAAUAUCUCGGAGACGGACCUCAGCCUACUGACGGCCACUGUGGUGCCGCCCUCGGGCCGGGAGGAGCCCUGUCUGCUGAAGCGGCUGCGCAACGGCCACGUGGGGAUCUCAUUUGUGCCCAAGGAGACAGGGGAGCACCUGGUACACGUGAAGAAGAAUGGCCAGCACGUGGCAAGCAGCCCCAUCCCCGUGGUGAUCAGCCAGUCAGAGAUUGGGGAUGCCAGCCGUGUGCGGGUCUCAGGCCAGGGCCUCCACGAAGGCCACACCUUUGAGCCCGCAGAGUUUAUCAUCGACACUCGUGAUGCAGGCUACGGCGGGCUCAGCCUGUCCAUCGAGGGCCCCAGCAAGGUGGACAUCAAUACAGAAGACCUGGAGGAUGGCACAUGCAGGGUCACCUAUUGCCCCACGGAGCCUGGAAACUACAUCAUCAACAUCAAGUUCGCUGACCAGCAUGUGCCUGGCAGCCCCUUCUCCGUGAAAGUGACAGGUGAGGGCCGGGUGAAAGAGAGCAUCACACGCAGGCGACGGGCCCCUUCAGUGGCCAAUGUUGGCAGUCAUUGUGACCUCAGUCUGAAGAUCCCUGAAAUUAGCAUCCAGGACAUGACAGCCCAGGUGACUAGCCCAUCGGGGAAGAGCCACGAGGCUGAGAUCGUGGAAGGGGAGAACCAUACCUACUGCAUCCGCUUUGUGCCCGCCGAGAUGGGCAUGCACACUGUCAGCGUCAAGUACAAGGGACAGCACGUGCCUGGGAGCCCCUUCCAGUUCACCGUGGGGCCCCUGGGGGAAGGGGGAGCUCACAAGGUCCGUGCCGGGGGCCCUGGCCUGGAGAGGGCUGAAGCCGGAGUGCCAGCUGAAUUCAGCAUUUGGACCAGGGAAGCUGGUGCUGGAGGCUUGGCCAUUGCUGUUGAGGGCCCUAGCAAGGCCGAGAUCUCCUUCGAGGACCGCAAGGACGGCUCCUGUGGUGUGGCCUAUGUGGUCCAGGAGCCAGGUGACUACGAGGUCUCAGUCAAGUUCAACGAGGAGCACAUCCCCGACAGCCCCUUCGUGGUGCCCGUGGCUUCUCCGUCUGGCGACGCCCGCCGCCUUACUGUUUCUAGUCUUCAGGAGUCAGGGCUAAAGGUCAACCAGCCAGCCUCUUUUGCAGUCAGCCUGAACGGGGCCAAGGGGGCGAUCGAUGCCAAGGUGCACAGCCCCUCGGGAGCCCUGGAGGAGUGCUAUGUCACAGAGAUCGACCAAGAUAAGUACGCCGUGCGCUUUAUCCCACGGGAGAAUGGUGUCUACCUGAUUGAUGUCAAGUUCAAUGGCACCCACAUCCCUGGAAGCCCCUUCAAGAUCCGAGUUGGGGAGCCUGGGCAUGGAGGGGACCCAGGCCUGGUGUCCGCCUAUGGUGCCGGCCUGGAAGGCGGCGUCACAGGGAGCCCAGCUGAGUUUAUCGUGAACACAAGCAACGCGGGAGCUGGUGCCCUGUCAGUAACCAUCGACGGGCCCUCCAAGGUGAAGAUGGAUUGCCAGGAGUGCCCUGAGGGCUACCGCGUUACCUACACCCCCAUGGCACCUGGCAGCUACCUCAUCUCCAUCAAGUAUGGCGGUCCCUACCACAUUGGGGGCAGCCCCUUCAAAGCCAAAGUCACAGGUCCCCGUCUCGUCAGCAACCACAGCCUCCAUGAGACAUCAUCGGUGUUCGUGGACUCCCUGACCAAGACUGCCAGUGCCCCUCAGCAUGGGGCACCGCUCCCAGGUCCCACCGAUGCCAGCAAGGUGCUGGCCAAGGGCCUGGGGUUGAGCAAGGCCUACGUGGGCCAGAAGAGCAGCUUCACAGUGGACUGCAGCAAAGCAGGCAACAACAUGUUGCUGGUGGGGGUGCACGGCCCCCGGACGCCCUGCGAGGAGAUCCUGGUGAAGCACGUGGGCAGCCGGCUCUACAGCGUCUCCUACCUGCUCAAGGACAAGGGGGAGUACACGCUGGUGGUCAAGUGGGGCGACGAGCACAUCCCAGGCAGUCCCUACCGUGUCCUCGUGCCCUGAGCUCUGUGUCCAUGCCGGCCGACAACUCCCAGGACGAGAAGUGCCCCUGCCCCUGCCCCACCACCCGAGCAGCCCCCCUUCCUCUCCUCAGCCCUGGAGCCCUGGCCAGCCCUGGCCACCCUGUCACUGCAGCCUCCCCUGCCCUGCGCUCACCUGCCUCCACUUGGGCAAAGGAGAAAGGCGAGCAGAGGGAGCUGUUUGGUGGCUCUGCCUGUCUUCUUUGGUUCCGGGAGGGGUGAGGGGUGGGGGUCCUGUGCACACCCACCCGCUAGUUCUCUUCCCUAGCCAAGAGGAAUAAAGUUCUGCUUCCGUUCUCCUGA